CCAUUCCACCACAGACAUUUUAGAAUAUUAUGCAUUUCAUAUCCGUUUUUAUCUUCAAUCAUUAGUUUUUCAGCGUCCAAUGUUUUACUGUUGACUCGCGCACGUCGAUUACCGACCGAUCAAAACAUUCCCUCAUGGGUGCCCUCGAUUACUGUUGUUCUUGUCUACCCGACUUUCGUAAGUGCCGUCUGAUUGAGCAGUGCAUGCUCUGAUUUGCUUUCAGGAGCCGUGUUCAAGUAUUCUGGCAUCUCGAACGCGCACGCCGUCAUGUGGCACGAAGCUAGAAAACAGGAGAAAAAAAUUCGCGGCCUCUUGGUCGAUUAUCAGAGACGAGCGCAGCGGCGGAAGGAUUAUUAUGAAAAAAUUAAAGCUGAUCCCACGCAGUUCUUACAGCUCCAUGGCAGACAAUGUAAAAUACACAUCGAUCCUGGCAUCGCUAUAGCUGCUAAUAGCCCUGCGACCAUGAUGCCGUGGCAAGGAAAUGAAGAAAUAAUGAUCGAUCGAUUUGACGCCCGAGCUCAUUUAGAUUUCAUUAGAGAACCAAAGAAUGAUGACGAAGAAGAUGAAUUGUCGUAUGAAGAACGUCAAUUAAACUAUGAACGUUAUCGUAUUCUUGUUCAAAAUGAGUUUUUAGCAAUUUCCGAAAAUAAAUUUUUACAUCAGCUCUAUUUGGAAGAAAAAUUUGGUCCUGUAGGAAAAUCGGAUGCUGAUGAUGCUAAAAAAAAAUCUACUGCUACUGCUGCUAUUCCCUAUAAAUAUAGUGAUGAAGACACCAUACAAACUGAUGAGUCCAAGAAAUAUUUAGAUAUAAAACCUAAAACUGAUGGUUCUGAUGAAUCUGAUGAGGAGAGUGAGGUUGAUUUUGAUUUAUCUAUAGAUGUUAGUAAAAUUGGUACUGACCAAGCAAAUGAAUUGAAUUCAACUGCUCAUGGUUUUGGCAUGACAACUAAUGACUUCUAUAGCUUUCUUAAUAAUGAUUUGGAAGAAGCUGAAAAUAUUCAAUUAGCUCGUUUAGCUGAAGAAGAAAAGGCCAUGUUUGCUGGACGACGAUCCAGAAGAGAGCGCCGAGCCUUUCGAUUAAAAGCUUUAGAAGGCAAAGCUUUAAGCCCUCUUAGUUAUGCGACUAGAAAAAGUCCUAGUUAUACUGAUUUUGAUCAAUUAUCAUCAAUGAUGACAUCUCGAUCGCCAACUCCUGAAAACUCUGGCCAAGUGACCUACAUUACUAGUUUUGGUGAUGAAGAGCCAAUACAAAUUGAUAAAUCAAAAAUUAGUUCAAAAUCAAAGUCUUCUUCAAAAAAUCAAACAAGAAAAAGACGAAGUUCUCGGUCCAAAACUCCUCGUAAAAAAUCUAGAUCACCAUCUAAAAAUCAUAGUCGUCGAUAUAGGUCUCGAAGUUUAAAUAAAUCAUUGACUCCAAUUAGAAACAGUGCACAGUUGCCAGUUACUCAAAAACCACCUCCUAUUCAAAGAUAUUAUGGUCGUAGAGGAAAUGACUCAUCAUCAGAAUUAAGUAUUUCCGAUGACGAUGAUGGUCAAGAUAAAAAUACUAAUAACAUUAAACCUCCAUUACCAGAUCUCAGCCUUGCUUCUUCCGGCAAAAAACAGGGCUCAAGUGACAGCAAACCAACUCCACAAGAAUUAAUGAAACGAAAAAUGAAAGUUUUGCUAAACAAACAAUAUAAAGCUGAUAAAAAAGCCCAAAGAGAAAGAGAAUUGAAAAUGGAAAGAGAGCAAAUUGAACGAGAAGAAGAAAUCAAAGAGUUAUCUUUAAAAAUGAGAAGAAAGCGACGGCAGUUACGUCACCCUGAAAAUAGUUCAUUAUCUCGAUCUAAAUCCCGAUCAAAAUCUAGUAGUUCUAAUAGCUCAAGUACAAGUUCUAGUUAUUCCAGGUAUAGAAGUAGUAGGCGUAGAUCGAGAUCGAGAAGUGGUGGGCGUAGACGAUCAAAAAGUGGUGAUUGGCGUAGACGAUCGAAAAGUAAUGAUCGACGUCGUCGGUCUAGGAGUGAUGAUAGGAGAUGGUCAAAAAGGAGCGAAGAACGAGAAAGAUACAGAAGAGAUGAUAGGCGUGAUUAUGAUCGUAGAGAUGAUUAUCGUUCUCGUCGUAGCCCUGAAAGAAGAGAUAGAAGGAUAGACAGAAGAGAUAGUUCACCUAGGAAAGAAAUGAAACAUAGGGAAAGUCCAAUUAGAAAAGAAAUUAAAUCAAGGGAAAGUCCAGUUAGGAAGGAAACUAGACAAAGGGAAAUUCCUGAUCGUAGUAGAUGUGAGAACUAUAAUUAUCGUCCUGCUGCUAAAAUAACUUAUGAAGCAAGUCCAAAACGUUAUUUGCCAAGUACUAAAGUACACUCCGAUAUAAAACCACUUGUUGAUUAUGAAUGAGUUCUAAAAGCUAAUAUUUAAUAGCUCAUUUAUUAGAACUACAAAUAAAUCAAGUUAUUUAUAUUAUUCUACUUAUAAGUUGAUGUAAUGUAUUUUUUUAAGCAAGAACAACAACACUUGAUAUUAUAAGUAACUUUUUAUGUAUUUAAACAUUUAAUAUGUAUUUAAUUUUAUAAUAUUACUUUUGGAAUAAAACCUUUUCAGUUUAAA